UCUUUGGAAUUCCUACGAUCUCCGUAAAGCGUGCAAGUGAGCGGUGAACUGAAAGAGGGCAACGCCAGCGCAGCAAAAUGACAUCAUAUAGCGACAAAGGAGAAAAGCAUGAAAAGGGAAAAUUCCUCUCAUUUGAUCACAUUACAUUUUGGGUGGGCAAUGCUAAGCAGGCUGCUUCCUUCUACUGCAACAAGAUGGGCUUUGAGCCUCUGGGUUACAAGGGUCUUGAAACCGGCAGCCGAGAGGUGGUCUCUCAUGUUGUGAAGCAGGACAAGAUAAUAUUUGUCUUCUCAUCAGCCCUAAAUCCAGGAAACAAAGAAAUAGGAGAACACUUAGUGAAACAUGGAGAUGGGGUAAAAGACAUUGCAUUUGCAGUUGAGGACUGCGAGUUCUUGGUUCAGAAAGCCAAAGAACGCGGCGCCGAGAUUGUGAAGCAGCCCUUCGUACAGGAAGAUGAACAUGGGAAGGUGAAACUGGCUGUCUUAAAAACAUAUGGCGACACUACACACACCCUGGUGGAGAGAAUGGACUACAAAGGCAUCUUCUUACCUGGAUUUAAGGAGCCACUCUUCCAUGACCCUCUUCUUCCAAAGCUACCACCAGGGAAUCUGAAUUUCGUGGAUCAUGUGGUGGGAAACCAAGCCAAUGAAGAGAUGAUUCCAGUAGUGGAUUGGUAUUUGAAAAACCUUCUGUUUCAUCGAUUCUGGUCAGUUGAUGACAAGCAGCUCCACACAGACUACAGCGCUUUACGAUCUACUGUUGUUGCUAACUUUGAGGAAACAAUUAAGAUGCCAAUAAAUGAGCCUGCUCUUGGGAGAAAGAAGUCCCAGAUUCAGGAAUAUGUAGAAUAUUAUGGGAGUGCAGGAGUUCAACACAUUGCACUGAAUACAUCAGAUAUCAUCACAAGCAUCAAACAUUUGAAGGAGAGGGGAAUGGAGUUUUUAUCUGUUCCUGACAUUUACUAUCAAAACCUUAGAAACAAUCUGAAAACAGCCAAAAUUAAGAUUAAGGAAGACCUGGAUACACUGGAGGAGCUGAAAAUUUUGGUUGAUUAUGACGAGAAAGGCUACCUCCUCCAAAUAUUUACAAAGCCUGUUCAGGACAGGCCAACAGUUUUUCUGGAGGUUAUCCAGAGGCACAACCAUCAGGGAUUUGGAGCAGGAAAUUUCAAGUCUUUGUUUGAAGCUAUUGAAGCAGAUCAGCAGGCAAGAGGGAAUCUCACUGUACUCACUCCUAAUGGCCAAGCAGAAUUUCUGUAGUUCCUAUCCUGCUGGAGAUGCUCCAGAGAAGGCCAACACUUUACACUAUGUCUUUGUGAAUUUGUAAAAUCAGACCAUAAAUACACUCGGGUUCUUCCUUUGAGGACUGUUUACAUUCCAAUUUUACACUUUAGUUGUAUAUGAACUUAAAUAUCUAUUAGAUUUAUACUUGAUAUUCAGUUAAAGUUUCAUCUUAACAUGAAAACCAAAUCCUGUGAACCCUGAAGAUCAGAGUUAGGGAAUCCUGUCAGAUGUGUUACAAACCAUAAUGCUAGUGAGAAGUCGAGCAAAAUGACCCCUUUUAUUGGCUAACUAGAAAGAUUACAAUAUGCAGGCUGCUGAGGCAACUCAGGCCCCUUCUUCAGACGAGAUGUGAUACAGAAACUGGAGAUCCCUAUGUUUGAAUACACACUAGGACCAGUACAGCAUUGGAAAACCUGGAAGUGAGUCAUCUUAGAAGGGGCCCGAGUUACCUCGAC